GGGCUGCUUCUCUGCCAUCCCUGUCUGGCUACGGGGAUAAGAAAAAAGACAAGUGUGCGACUUGGCCCGCUCCUCGUCGGCCCCCCGAGUUUGUUUGGAUUUGAUCCCGGGGUUGCUGCGGUCCGCCUUCCCGCUCGCCUCGCGGCCUGAGAGGGAAGCCACCGGUGCUUGUGUCUGGCACCUGCCUGUCCGCGCCGCCGCUCACCGGGCGGGGUCGUGUUUGUGUUUGGCCCGUGGGCGCAGGCGGCGGGGGCGCGAGGCCCGAGGCCGGUGUCGGCGGGGGAGGGCGCGGCGGAGGAAAAGAGGGAGCGGGAGCCCCUAGGAGGGCCGGGCGCCGCCAUGGAACUGGGCCCGGAACCCCCGCACCGCCGCCGCCUGCUCUUCGCCUGCAGCUCCCCUCCCACGCCGCAGCCCGUCGUGAAGACAUUGUUUGGCGCGCCAGCCGCCGAGGGACUAUCGCCUGUCACCACCCUGACGGUCACUAUGGACCAGCUGCAGGGGCUGGGCAGUGAGUGUGAGCAGCCGCUGGAGGUGAGGAACAACAGCAGUCUGCAGAGAAUGGGCUCCUCGGAAUCCACGGAUUCAGGUUUCUGUCUGGAUUCUCCUGGACCCUUGGACAGGAAAGAAAAUCUUGGAAAUCCUGUGAAGAGGAUAAAUUCUCUACCUCCGAAGCUCUUGGGAUGUAGUCCUGCUCUUAAGAGGAGCCAUUCUGAUUCUCUCGACCAUGACAUCUUUCAGCUCAUCGACCAGGAUGAGAACAAGGAGAAUGAAGCCUUUGAGUUUAAGAAGCCAAUAAGACCUGCAUCUCGUGGCUGCCUGCACUCUCAAGGAAUUGAAGCGGGUAAAGAUCUCUUCACACAGAGGCAGAACUCUGCCCCCGCUCGGAUGCUUUCCUCGAAUGAAAGAGAGAGCAGUGAGCCAGGGAAUUUUGUUCCGCUUUUUAUGCCCCAAUCUCCUGUGACAGCCACUUUGUCUGACGAGGAUGAUGGCUUCAUGGAUCUUCUUGAUGGAGAGAAUCUAAAGAAUGAUGAGGAGACCCCGUCAUGCAUGGCCAGCCUCUGGACCGCUCCCCUUGUCACAAAACGGACUGCAAACCUUGGCAAUCGAUGCAAGCUGUUUGAAUCCCCUUCCCCGUGUAGCUCCAGCACUCGGUUGAUGUUGAAGAGACCAGAACGACCUCUAGAGGAGUCUCCACGAGGAAACACAAAGCGGAGGAAGAGCAUGGCUGGGGCCGGUUCUGAAGAGGCAGCCAGUCCGGAGAAGGCCCAGAAGCUUAUACAUCAGUGUUUAUCCAUGGCAUCUUCCCCGAAAGGGACCAUUGAGAACAUUUUGGACAAUGACCCAAGGGACCUUAUCGGAGACUUCUCCAAGGGUUAUCUGUUUCGAACAGUUGCUGGAAAGCAUCAGGAUUUAAAAUAUAUCUCUCCAGAAAUUAUGGCGUCUGUUUUGAAUGGCAAGUUUGCCAACCUCAUCAAAGAGUUUGUUAUCAUCGAUUGCCGGUACCCAUAUGAAUAUGAAGGAGGCCACAUCAAGGGCGCAGUGAACUUGCACAUGGAAGAAGAGGUCGAAAACUUCUUACUCAAGAAACCCAUUGUGCCUACUGAUGGCAAGCGUGUCAUCGUUGUGUUCCACUGCGAGUUUUCUUCUGAGAGGGGCCCCCGCAUGUGCCGGUAUGUAAGAGAGCGAGACCGGCUUGGUAAUGAGUAUCCCAAACUUCACUAUCCUGAGCUGUAUGUCCUGAAAGGGGGCUACAAGGAAUUCUUCUUAAAAUGCCAGUCUCACUGUGAGCCCCCCAGCUACCGACCCAUGCACCACGAGGACUUUAAAGAGGACCUGAAGAAGUUCCGCACCAAGAGCCGGACCUGGGCAGGGGAAAAGAGUAAAAGGGAAAUGUAUAGUCGCCUCAAGAAGCUCUGAAGGCAGCGGUAUCAAGACGGCAGCAGCCCAAGCCCUCUCCGUCCCUCCUGCAGUCGCCUCUUUGCUGCAGAGAAACUUGAGCAAAGGGGCCAGCUGUGUGGUGUUUACAGAGAAGACCUGCAGCUUCUGUGCCUUCAACUUACCUCCCACACUCCCAAGGUUGGGGCCUCCGAGGCAUCUUAGUGGCUGCGCCUCUUCUGCCAGUGUAGGACAUCCUCCCUGCACAUCAGGACUGUCUCCCAAGGCUGUCACAGGUAGCAGUGCAGGCCCGGCACGCUGUCAAGCUGCUUCUGUCUCGUUAUCCCCAACAAGUCCAAGAAGCAGCUGGGGCCUCAAUGGGCUCUGGUCUUCCCUUGUGAAGGGAGGAGGAGGAGGAGGAAGGAACAGGAAGAGAAGUGCUGCUGACCAGAUACCAAAGACAGCCUUGGAAGAAAAAGUCUUCAUGGGACCACUUGUCUCUUUUAUUUAUUCAACCUCACCAAUUAUUUUAAUUUUUUGUAAGCUCUGGAGACUUUUACUGCUUCAUUAAGUCAAAAUACUGCCAUUCUAAGUAGGGUUUUUAUCAUCCUGGAACUACCUCUGCUUUUAAUUAAAAAAAAAGAAAAGGGGGGUAAGAAAAGGCAAAGUCGGUGUGAGUUGUGGGACAGAGAGCAAGGAGCUCUGUCACCCCCAGGAAGCAUCGCGGUACUGGGGCUGCUGCUAUUUAAAUCCAAGGACUGAGCUACUGGUGGGCUAGACCCCGAGCUCAGGCUUGGCUAUCGGACAUAAACUACACCUCCCAGACUUUGGCCAGAGAGAUCUGUUGGAAGGGAAGGUCCCUAUUUUCACCCUAGUGCCCUGUGUUGUUGGCUGGCACAGAAAUCACAGUGGACACGUUUCAAGCAGCUUUUCCUUGAACCACUUGCAAGUCAGUCCCAGAAUGUAGUGUGGGUACCAGGGUGCUGGUGUGGGGAUAGGUGGGCCCCGCCAGGAAGGGAGGAGCUUCCCCACCAACUCUCUCCUUGUUACUCUGAUACUCUUAGCAUUUAUUUUUAGUUCUUGAAGUCAUGAGUGAAAAGAGUAACAAAUCAGUGUUGAAUGGGCCACCCAAGUGUAGGGAGAGGGGCUGGGAGACCUGGGCCUCUGGAGGGAGGGAGCUGGUAUUGAGGUGUCUGCGUAGAUUGUUUCUCAGGAGGGAACGUGGUGGAUUUUGAAGGUAAAACUUUCUGGGUUUAUCAUGUUUUGAUUUGAGGGACAGUGGUGGAUCAUCGCCAGUUGCCCCCUUAUCUAACUCCACAGAAGUAGGAGUGUCAGGAUUCCCUCCCAGGGAGUGGGGCUGCCUCGACUUCUCCUACACAGGUCUCUUCUUGGCACCUGCUGCUCCUUGCCCUUGUUGCUCCUGUGGGGGACAGCCAGGCUUUUCCUAUCGAGAGUCAGUUAUUCUUCACCUCUGAUUCUUGUUUUGGGGUGGGGAGGGAGUCAGCAAUGCUGGAGAUGACGGCUUGCUAUGUGAUGGGUUUGAGCUGCAUUUGGCUGUAAAACAAUCUUGUUGGGAAAAGCAUGAGGGAAGGGAGCCUCAUCUUAACACUUCCUGAGACGUAGUACCAGUUAGUCUCCAUUGGGUUCUGUUGGUUGCAUGCCUCAAGAGGGAGGAGGUUGGGUUGACCUCCAGAUUAUACCAGCUUUGUUAAACCAACUGUUGUUGGCUCUGAAAAUAAAAAUGAUCUUGAACCCAU